AUGACGUGUCAGACACCGGACUUUAACCGCACUGAUCCACCCCUGGAUGUCAUUGUCUCGAAGGACACUAAACUGAGUUUCAUUAUGGAUGGAGUGGUGAACAGUGGUCUCAAUGAGCAUCAAUUAAGGCUUAUCUACUUCCCUGACCCCACUUUCCACGCUUUCAAAGAGGGCGCGAGAGUUGUGUAUAUUGAGGAACCGGUGCUUAAGAUCGACGGCAAAGACUUGCGCAUCGAUUACCCGAUCGACAUCCGGGUCAGUGAACACCACAUUCACUGCAAUCUCACCGAAAGUAAGACAUUUGACGCCAUUUACUGUAAAAUUGAACAAAACGAUAAGAUAUGGCAAGUGGACGGCAAUGAGCACCGGGUGCUUAUCAGAGUCGGCAAAAUAAAUUUUAGUCCAGGAAACAUGACGUUCGCCAACAAACCGGCUAUUUUAAGCCUGGGCUCAAUACUGCUCAUCAUAUCCCUCCCCAUACUAUUGAUUAUAGCAAUAGUGGCUCUCAUUUACUAU